CAGGAUGGCGUCACUCUUAUAGUCUCCCUCUCUCUCUUCGACCAUAUAUUCGCACAAGUGGAGUAAAAGUUGCAAUUCUCUUUAUUAGUGGUGUUUUUUUUGUGUUUGAAGCCCCUUGGGUUGUCAAUUUGAUGGCUGCAGAGAGGCCUUUGGUUGUCCUUGACCUCGCGUGAUGUUCGGUAAAUUGGCGCAGGGAAGAUAGAGAGAGAGAGAGAGAGGGGGGGUUUAUAAAUUCGAAAUAAGGGACGGGAGAUCCAGCAGGAGCUGCAUCCUGCUUUUGUCUCAUGUUCCAAUUUGUUCACCCUCUUUUGCCGCUGCUGCUUCUAUAUAAAAAUUAAAUGCUUGCAGAGCAGACAAUUUGAUGGUGAACGACCAAGAAACGGGGCCGUCGUUUUUGUGUCCAAAACUUGCGUUCUUUCCAUCUCCUCUAUCUUCUUGGCAUUCUUUGCGGGCGUCAAUACUGAAAUCUUGUCUUCUUUUCUCCAACCCACAAGUCAUUUAACCUUCUCAUGGUUUCUUCUGCCCCUCUCUCCCUUGCUUAUCUCCGAUCAUCCCAACAAUAAAUUGCCAUCAUAAUGAACGCAUGAGUUUUGCUGCGCCUAGGCUCGGAUCUCCCGUCCUUGUUUAAGAGGGGAAAGGCGAGGGGAGGCUAAGAACAAAAUCAGAUUCUUGGGAAGUGGGGGUGUUGUUGCAGCAGGCAGCAGAAGCUGCAGCCGCGGUGGCAGGGAUGGAUGUGGGUCAACUGCAGCGCCGGUUUAUUGAUCUCACGUCUUCUCUCUUCCGUGAGGGUUUUCUGGAUGAACAGUUUACUCAGCUUCAGCAACUUCAGGAUGAGAGCAACCCGAAUUUCGUUGGCGAGGUUGUCGGCCUUUUCUUCGAAGACUCUGAGAGGCUCCUGAAUGAUAUGGACAUGGUUCUGGACCUGCAACCUGUUGACUUCAAGAAGCUGGAUGCUCAUGUCCACCAGUUGAAGGGUAGCAGCUCUAGUAUAGGAGCUCAACGAGUGAAAAACGUAUGCGUAGCAUUUCGGGGCUAUUGUGAGGAAAAAAAUCGAGAAGGGUGCCAGAACUGCUUGCAACAAUUAAAGCAUGAGUAUGCCCUUGUGAAGAACAAACUUGAGAACCUCUUCAGGUUGGAACAGCAAAUUUUGGCUGCAGGCGGAGCGAUCCCAAUGCUGGAGUAAAGCGUCAGAGACACUGGAGAGAGAGAGAGAGAAUAAGGAAAAAAUGGAGAAGAUUUGUGAUGCAUGUUAAUGAAAGUUUCCGUUCGUUUAGUACUACAGAUCCAGCUUGAUUACAAAGGCAGUGUGAGGGUUUUUCUUUAGGUCGUGUCAAUCCGAGAAGGGAAAAAUGUCAAAUAUGUUCCGUCUGUUUAUGGUUACGCUCUGAUCUGUUGUGUAAGAAGAAACGCCUUGUACACCUCUGUCUUUCACCUGUUUUGCAGCCAUAAAAGCAUCUUCCUUCUUAGCC